AUGAUAGCAACCGACCAUAUGCGGAAUCACGUCCUGGUGACGUUAUAUUUCAGACCGUUGAAGAAAGGUGACGUUGUAUACGAAGUCGGUGGCGGCGGUUGUGAAGGUUGUAGUACAGGUGUUUGCGACCCGGUGAGCAAGUUAUGCGAAAUGGCCGACUAUCCUAAAGGUAAUUUCAUGCAAGUCAGAAUUCAGAUACAGUGCACAUAAAG